UCCAUUCCAUUUGAUCGGAAACACAGGACGUCAACGAGCGGGCAUUACUGAAGAAAACCAUCCCAGCCUCAUCCAACGGAAAGGCACGCAAUUUUUUCAGAGCAAUUUGUUACAAUAGUAAUCACCGCCGCAUCCUGGACGUGACACUCGACGGAGAUGGGUCUGAUCGCCAAACAAGAUUUUUGUGCAAUGAUAGAUAUAAUUAACCCUACGUCUGUAAACAACACAAGAUAUAUGUAGGCUCCUACUAUAUCGUCUCGACGGAUUACUGAUCAAAAGUAAUUCCAAUACCGUCUGGGAUCACGGUUGAGUCCGUUUGUCACUAGCUGGUCGGUUUCACACAACAGUUUUCGCUUAACCUGUCUGGAUAUACCACACAGCUGAACAGUUUGUCAGGAUUUCUGGAUACAUUCGAGACACAUGUUGAGAAAAAAAAUAACUUAUUAUUUUCACUUUUAAAUAUAUUAUAAUUAUAAAUCGUGAUAUAACAACAGAAACUAUUUAACCAACUGAAAAUACCAGCUUUGCAUAAAGUAGGAGAUAAACUGGUUGGCACCAGUUGAUUUAUAACAAGAAAGUGAACUUAAAAUAUUUAAAUCAACACCUACACAGUGGAUUAAUUUAGAAGAAAAAAAAGAAAGAAAAAAGAAAGAAGAUAUUUGAAAUAUUGGUUUACAAAAUGGUCAUGAUUAUGGAAGCUGCAUAAAAAUGAAAAUGUAGUUUGUGCUGAUGCUGAAAAGGUAGACUGAAACACAGACAGAGACAGAGUAAGAGGAACGUUUGGAUGCAGCAGGCAUGGAUGACAGCUGUUGUGUGUGACGCCGUCGACCAGGCAGACUAUGUAGUCGCAGCAUGGAUUAGCCACGAUGCUGUGGGACUGUGAACUCUCAGCCGUGCAGUACCUUCGCGUGGGAUUACUACUCGCUGUGCACCUCCUCAUGAUGGCCGCUCUACAAGCAUAUGAUCUAGGCAGUGAUGGUGGCGGAGUUCCAUACUUCAACCUUCGACCGACAAACCUGACAUUCCACCGCGGUGACACUGCCAUACUUUACUGUUCUAUAGAGCAUCUGGGAACCAAAACGGUGAUAUGGAGAAGAGCAUCUGAUCCUAAUCCACUCUCCAUCGGAAACCUUAUUUAUGUGCCCGAUUCUCGCUAUUCCGUAAAACACGUAAAAGAAGAACAUGAGUGGAAUUUAGUAAUAAAGAACGUAAAUCCAAAAGAUGAAGGAAUUUACGAGUGUCAAAUCAGUAGCCGAGCUAAGUUGAUACAGCACGUUCUAGUACGGGUAAAUGAUCUAAAUCCAACAGUAAAAAAGGCUAUAUUUGUGUCGGGAACCAAGUUUGUCGAGAAAGGAGACCCCAUCCACGUGGUCUGUAAUGCGUCUGGUUCGGACGACCCCCCAAGUGACCUAGUCUGGUUCAAGGAUGGCAUCAAGAUCACGCCAGACGCACACCAGAAGAUCACCAUCGACAAAUUCAAAUUCCAUCCAACGAAAACCCUAGUCAGCGUGCUCGAUCUGAAACACAGUACCAUGCAUGACGCCGGCACCUACGUCUGUCGCAGCAGCAACUCGGACAUCACCAGCAUCAAGGUGCACGUUCUUAAUGCUGGAACACAAAAUGUAAAACGGACCUCAACAACAGAUGAAGGCAAAAGUAGCCAGACAUCUACAUAUGCAGAUUGCUGUACCAGCACCUUGUUACUAUGUCUGUUCUUACACACUUUACACUGGACUUUCCAAUCACAUUUACUUUGAAACUGGGCAUUACAUUAAUCAUAUGCAUAUAAAUUUUGUAGUUGCCAUGCAAUAAGCAAGUCAUGUGGAUGUGGGCACAGUGCAUAAAUGUGAUACAAUACCAGAAUGAUUCGGGUGACGUCUUCAUACUAGAUGUGACACCAAUAAUCAAAUACAUGAAUGAUUCGGAUGACAUCUUCAUGCUAGAUGUGACACCAAUAAUCAAAUACAUGAAUGAUUCGGGUGACGUCGAUCUUCAUGCUAGAUGUGACACCAAUAAUCAAAUACAUGAAUGAUUCAGGUGACGUCUUCAUGCUAGAUGUGACACCAAUAAUCAAAUACAUGAAUAAAUUUUUAGUAAUGGUGAGAAAUACAGAAAAACAAUGAAGCGAUAUGAAUGCAAAAUAAUGAUACUAUAAAAAGAGUAUAAUGGUAAACUCCAACAUCUGGAUAAUAACAGAUAAGGAAUAACCGAGGAGCGACACACAGCUAUCAUGUGUGAAUCUUUUACCAAAGGAGAUCACACUUAGAAUAUCGGAUCAAUGUGAAACAGUCACAGUAUAUAACUGAAGUAGAGGGCACAGAUGAUUUCAUGAUAUUGACAUCCAAUUUAGCUGUGAAAAAACUUUAAGAUAGUGAUUAAUUGUUCUACUAACUUAAUUUAUGUGGUGCCAUCUUAUCAAAUUGAACAUUGAUAUUUAAUUCUUUUGUAGUACUUUAAUUUUUUUUUUUAAAUUCACAUGCUAUUGUAAUUAUGGAGAGCUAAAAAUGACUCCUUGAACUAGUCUUAAGGCAGUGAUUGGGAGCCAGAGUGAUACAAAUUACUGCCCUUGAACUAGAUGGGGUGACAAUGAUAGCUUCUCUUAAAAUGGUGAGAUCUGUGACAUUAAUAAAAAGCUGUGGCUGCAUACAUGGACAUGGUAUUGAAGAAUGUUUCAGGUACAAGUGACAGCUUUUCAAAUGAUACAAAUGGAGAUUGCAGAGACAAAUUACAUCAGUUGUUCAACUUGCAGAUGGCAAUUCCAUUGUGUGUUACAAAUGAAUAUAAAGACAGAUUUGAUGGAAAUUCCAGAUACAAAUGGCAACCUGUACAUGUGUAUAUUGCAAAUGUUCAUCACUGAAUGGUGCAUUAGCAUAUAUUCCAGAUUUGAAGUGUCCACUGACAUGAUAGCACAUACCUUGUUAUUUCACUCUACAUAGUGAUGAUUAAUGUACAUGGUUUGCACAAACCUCUGAGCUGUAUUAACCUAAGAUACAUGGCAUGGCAGUACAAAAAGUACCAGGGCAGUUUGUAAGCCUAACAUAAGGUCUCCUCCAGGCAGACAAAAAGAACAAAAGUUUGUUUUAUUUAACGAUGCCAGAAGAGCACAUUGAUUUUUUUAUCUUAUCAUCGGCUAUUGGACGUGACAAAAAGAGCACUAAAAUAUAACUGCAACUGUCUCCUUACCUCCCUUCCCUCACCAGGUAUUUGCAAACAGAUUACAAAAACUAUAAUAGUAAACUAGUCAUAAGUUAAAAGCCUAUAUCAAAUUUUACCUUACCAUUUCAAAAUUCAAAUAAAAAAUCAGAGGCAGUGGAUAGGUAAUGAAAAGUAGAUAACAGACUUGAAUAAAGCAUUUCAGAUUGCAUGUACAUGAGGCUUUUACUUGCAGUUUGUUUGGUUGUUAGAAGAAAGCAUUUGGCAAAUGCAUAAAAAAUCCAAGAUUGUUUGGACUUUUUAAAAUGUGUUUUCUUACCAAGCAGGACACCUGCCUGAAAACUGCAUGGUGCACGUGAAUCCUUUUUACGUUAACACCUUUCAUGUUUGAUUAGGGUAGAGAGUACAAAUUUCUUUACAAUCUGGCUUUGGAUAACGAUGCCACCAAAUCGUAAACUGACCAUUCUGGACUGUGGUCAAGCCCUGCCAUACCUAAAUGAUAGCAUACCCAUGAGACAAGUAGUGAGAUACCUGCAAGUGAGCCAUUCCGUCAUCCAUUAUAACUGCAAGAGCGUUUCCAUACCACUGGCACAGCGAAUGGGUUAAUCCUCUCAAGUGCAGUGUUCAUGUGGCUCUUAACUUCUUGUGACUAGUAUAUUAUAUCCUUUACCACUGGGCUACAUCCUAACCCCAUUCCCCACAAAAAACCAGAAGUUUGCUUUAUUUAAUGACACCACUACAGCAUAUUGAUCAAUCAAUCAUCAGCUAUUGGAUGUCAAACAUUUGGUAA